CGCCGCAUUCGUGGGGCCAAUGGAACCGGCCAGAGGUUAGCAUCGCUAUGAGAUGCCUGCGUGCCGCCCUCCUCCAAUGUAUGCUCUGCCUCAGCGUGAAACAAACAAGGCAAGAACCUUUAGAUUUCGAAUCAAUUCUACCCGAGAAUCCUUCUGAGUACGACAGUCUUGAUCCGCCAAAAGAGAACGGAAAACCUACUGUAGUCAGCUUCCACGUCACAGUGCUCAGCUUAGAUUCCAUCGACGAAGGAUCCAUGACGUACGUGGCGGACAUCUUCAUGUCACAGACGUGGCGGGACCACCGGCUGCGACUGCCGCGCAACAUGACGGCCAAGUAUCGCCUCCUGCCGGUCAGCUGGCUGCAGCGAAUGUGGAGGCCCGACACGUUCUUCAAGAACGCCAAGGGCGUCACCUUCCAAGAGAUGACCAUCCCGAAUCACUACAUAUGGCUCUACGCGGACCGACGCAUACUCUAUAUGGUCAAGUUGACCCUGUUGCUGUCGUGCGCCAUGAAGUUCGAGACGUACCCUCACGACACCCAGAUAUGCACGAUGAAGAUUGAAAGCAUCUCGUACACAACGGACGACCUAGUGUUCGCAUGGGAGGACGAGGUGCCUCUCGUUGUCGACGAAUCCAUCGAGCUGCCCCAACAUAACUUGGUCUCGACGACAAUGGGAGACUGCACGCAACUAUACUCAACCGGCAACUUCACCUGCAUCCAGCUCGUGUUCACGCUCAAGCGUCGUCUGGGUUACUACAUGUUCCACACGUACAUUCCCACCUGCCUCAUCGUCAUCAUGUCCUGGAUCUCCUUCUGGAUCAAGCCCGAAGCCGUGCCGGCCAGGGUCACCCUGUGCGUCACCAGCCUGCUCACCCUGUCCACGCAGCACGCGCAGUCGCAGAAGUCCCUGCCCCCCGUGUCCUACAUCAAGGCCAUCGAUAUAUUCAUGUCCUCUUGCACGGUGUUCGUGUUCGCCUCGCUGAUGGAGUACGCGCUCGUCAACAUCCUGAUGGGCGAGACGGAGGGCGACGAAGGGGCUCGUCGCAGAAGCAUUCGGGGGGUCGUCAUUUCUCCACGAAUGCCGGAGAACAACGCGAUGCCCAACGGAACCAAACUUCCGAAGCCUCCCGAAACGAUUGCCGGAGAGUGCCGGCAGAGGGCGAUGCUCGUCGACAAGAUCAGUCGCAUUGUGUUUCCCACAUCGUUCGUCCUGCUGAACUGCAUCUAUUGGUCGCUCUACAUCGACUCCUCCUGAGGCCCACACCUGGGCGACACAGCCGCCGCUGUGUUCGCGCCCAUUACCAAUGGCAUUCAUCACUUGACUCCAAUCAACUACACGCAGGAAGAUUUCCGUGCCGUGGUUUCACGGUGAAUUAACGAGUAAAGAGAAGCACCAGAAUAUAGCUGGACUCAGAACGAGAUGUGUAUGCGCGUGCACAUUCGUUAGAAACUGUUUCCAGCGGUGACUUUAGAGAGGGUUUCGAUUUUCUCUCGUUGAUAUGUUCUUUAACUUGCGAACUGUACAUAGCGAUAUGUUACGCUACAUUGGCCUUACGCUGAUGUAGAUGUUUUAACUACACGCGUGCCUACUGGACUGGGAAACAUUGUUGACGGUGCUUGUGAAUGACUCGUUCGUUGAAUGUUUCUUUUUUUUUUCGGUGAGCAAGAAUACCCGUCUUUCUUCUGAAUCGCAGCGACGGGAAGAGGUUUUUGAACAGCCAGACUUCUGUCGCAUCUCUCUCUAUAGCUCUGUGUGCACUUGCCGACAUACCUCUGCUACUGACUCCUCACCAAUCCCGUGAUUGCAUCCACGUCAACGGUAC